AUGCCUGCAGCCAUCAACCGCCCGCCGCUAAGGGUGGCCAUAAUAGGUGGUGGCAUUGGCGGGCUUUGCACGGCCCUCUCUCUCCACCAUCAUUGUCGCUCAGAUGUCGAUAUAGAUGUCUACGAGCAAGCUCGGCAGUACAAAGAGAUAGGUGCUGGUGUCGGCAUCGCCGUCAAUGCCGCAAAGCUGCUGCAUAAGAUAGGCAUUGGAGAGACCGUGGGGAAGAUUGCAGGAAAACGGACCGGCAUAUGGAUUAUGUUUCGCAAGUUCGAUGACGGUUCGGAGGUGGUGACAGUGCCGUCCGUAGACACGGACGAGGUCAAGCAGUUGCCUGUGCAUCGGGCCGAGUUUCUGGACCUGCUGGUUGAUAUCGUGAGAGAGAAGGAUGCAGCCAGGCUGCAUACCAACAAGCGAUGUCGGAAACUUACUGAGCAAGGAGACGAGGUACUGAUCGAGUUCGACGAUGGUACGACUGCCACGGCCAAUUUGGUUGUCGGUUGCGACGGCAUCCACUCUGCCGUCAGGGCACAGUUCACCAGCGACAAUCCCGAUUACAGUGGGCGGAUUGCAUACCGGGGGCUGGUGCCCAUAUCCGAGAUCGAGGACUGGUGGGGAUUCGAGACGUAUUCCGUGACCUGGCUGGGGAAGAACCGGCACUUUCUGUGCUUCCCCAUCUCCUGCAAUAAGACGCUCAACAUCGUCGCGUUCGUGGCCGAAAAGGAAGAGAAUCUAGGCGACCUCAGGGAAAGCUGGACGGCGGUAGGCAAGAAAGAGGACGUCUUUGAGGCCUUUAAGGGGUUCGAGGAAAGAGUCCAGAAGGUCAUCCAGUUGAUGCCAGAGCAGCCGUCCAAGUGGCUGAUCAAUGACCGUAAACCGCUCGAUCAAUGGGUGUAUCUCGGAGGCAAGGCUGUGCUAUUGGGCGAUGCUGCCCAUGCCAUGACUCCUCACCAAGGCGCUGGGGCAGGCCAGGCCAUCGAAGACGGAUAUAUUCUCGGUCGAGCACUGCAGGACUACUUCCGAAAUACAUCGUCCGGAAAAGACAGCCUCGAAGCCUGGGGGAGGGUAUAUCAAGAUGUGCGCCUCCCGCGAGCUCAGAAAGUGCAGCGUACUUCUAGAGAUGCCGUCGAGGUAUACCAGGCUCAGGCGGACAUAAUGAAGGAUCUCCCGUUUGACCAAUGUGUGCCAGAGAUUCACAAGCGCGUGAUUGACCGAAUGCGCUGGGUGUGGACAGAUGAUAUCGACGCCGAGUAUGAUCAGGCAGUGAAGAAGCAGAAGGAGCUGGGCAAGUUGUAG